AUGGCGUCCUCUCAAACUCAUUUUUAUCUUCCGCAAACUCCAACCCGUCCAUCCCAAGACAAACAACCCGGCUUCAUAGAUACCACACUAAAGAUGACUGCCCGUCGAAAACGACGUUUAUCUAGAAUACCCGACCCUGUAAUAAUACCAAACACCGUCCCCUCAAUAAACGCUUCCUCCCCAAUCAGUUCCGCUCGCAGCGACAGCUUUCUUCAACUCCCCUUUCCACGUACCCCACAAUCUCCCACAAAACGUUUCAUACUAAAACCGAUAACCGCUCUCACCGCUGCCAUUCAAAAGACUGGAAUAACAGGAAAAAACAAAUCAUCACAAAAAUCGGGAAAAUCUACAAAGGUAUCGGGAAAUAAAGGCGGGAAAUCACAAAAAGUAGAAAGAUUCGAAAAGACCACCAGGAUCUUUGCGAGGAAACCAAGCAAUGACUCUAUCAAAAAGAGAUACGUCGUGAAUUCUACGCCCGCUGCAUCGGCUCCCAGUCUUUUAACAACCGCUGUUGUCCCUCCAAAUAUCUCGGUCCCCAAAACAUCUUCUCCUAAA